UGUAUGAAUUCAAAGCUGGGGCUGAACCGUUACAGAUCCGAUACACACAGACCGAGGAGCCGCUCAGCCUCCAGAAACAUCCCUAAACCUCCUUAAACCUUCUUAAAUCGCUGUCAACAGCGGGACUGAUAUGCGAUAGAGCUCUUUGUACUACACGGGUACGUUUGCAGAAAUGUCUUGGGAUUUCAUCGUUCCGGUGUCUUUGGAUGACCUGGUAAAAUCAGGAGCCAUCCAGCAGUAUGUGGUGCAGGACGUGCUCUCACCUAAACAGCUGCCCUCUCACCUCAACAACUUUAAAGCUGCUUUGAGGAGUCAGGGCCCACUGUGCAUUUUGGAGCAUUUUGACACAUUGUACAGUGUUUUAAAGCAUUGUCGUUCAGUGGAUGUAUCUUUGAAAGAGGACACGCUGGAGUUUCUCAUACAAGUUGUCAGAGGGCUGUCCGGCUCCCUGCCGUCUCUCCUCCUUUCUGGCACUCUGUCAGCAGCUGACCGAAAACAGCAGCUCAACGCAGUAAAGAUGAGUGUGUUCUUGCUCUGUAAACUCACUGAGCAUCUGGAGAACGAGUCCUGUAUGGAAAGCAUCGUCACUGCACCCAGCAAGGGCCGUAAAAAGGAGAAGGCAUCUGGCGGGAAGGGCUUAAUACAGUGGGACAGCGAACGGGAAACUGUGCUGCAAUGCUUGACCCAGCUCCUCCAGCUGGAUAUCCGCUCUCUGUGGAAUCUGUCUCUGGUGGAGGAGGAGUUUGUCAGCUGUGUCACAUGUUGUUGCUACAAGUUGUUGGAGAAUCCCACUAUUGGUCACAUGAAGAACAAAGCCACGCGUGAUGCCAUCAUCCAUGUACUGGGAGUGAUGGUGAAGAAAUACAACCACAUGCUUGGUGCCUGUGUAAAGGUGAUUCAGUUGCUGCAACACUUUGAGCAGCUCUCCUCAGUGUGUGCACAGGCUGUGUCUGCUUGGAGCUCAGAGUAUGGAGUCAAAACCAUCGUAGGAGAGAUCAUGAGAGAAAUCGGGCAAAAGUCCAACGACGAGUUGGCCAGAGAGGGCUCUGGGGUGAAGGCCUUCUCUAGCUUCCUGUCUGAACUCAGCUCCCUAAUCCCUGAAGCUAUGAUCCCGAACAUCAGCCUGCUCCUGACACAUCUGGAGGGAGAGAGCUCCAGUAUGCGUGUUGCAGUCUGUGAGGUGUUGGGUGAGGUGCUGGUACGUGUGUUGAGUGGUGAUAAGCUGGAUGAUUCUGGACGAGCAGAUCGAGAUCGGUUCCUCGACACUCUUCAAGAGCACAUUCACGACAGUCACUCGCACGUUAGAGCUCGAGUACUGCAGGUGUACACCCGUAUCGUCAACAGCAAGGCUUUGCCGUUAUGUAGAUACACUGAGGUGAUGCAGUUGGCUGUUGGACGUCUUGGUGAUAAAUCUGUUCAUGUGUGUAAGAGUGCCAUCCAGCUCCUGGCUGCCUUCAUCGCCCACAAUCCAUACAGCUGCAAGCUGAGCAGUGUUGACUUGAAGAAACCUCUGGAAAAGGAGACCACCAAGCUGAAGGAGCUGAAAGAGAGCAUGAAGGAAAAACAACCAGUUGCUGUAAUAUCAGCCUCGGAUCUGUGGGCUGCGAUGGAGCCAGAAGUCUCCAACACAGUCCGAGCUCAGCUGGAGGCUGGUAGUGAUGCAGAAAGAGAAGAGGAAGAAGAAGAAGAAGAUGAAGAGAAGGGUGAGGAGGAGGAGCAGGAGGAACCUGAACAGAAAAAGAGUGACCGAGAAACUGCUGUCCAAAUCGCACAGUACCUCAGAGACAACAAAUACAGGCAGGCAGUUAAUCUGUGUGUGCGAGCCUACACUCUUUACCCCGAGUCUCCAUUCUUCUCUGCUCUUUCCGAGAUUAACCCAGACACCAUCAUCAGCACACUGGCCUCUCUCUUCAAAGGCCCAGAGGAGGAACAGGCAUCAGAGCCUGCAGUGAGCGAUCAGCCCCCCACCCCACAGAAGGAAGGAGAAAAAGAGCCUGAAGACGGGAAGGAGAAUGAGCUGAAGAAGCAAGAGAUGUUGGUCCAGUACCUGAAAGACACUGAGAGCUUUGCUCUGCAGGUGGAGAGAGCCAUUGCUGUAAUUAACAACAUGCUUUACUGGAAAACCACCACAGUGGUUCAGGAGGCAGUGCAGUUCUGUGUGACUGCGCGGGAGUUCAGUGUAGCGGACUCUGUGUGUGGAGUGAGGAAGAUGUUGCCGCUGGUCUGGUCCACCGACACUGCGGUAAAAGAGGCUGUAAUUCAAGCUUACAGACGCCUGUACCUCAACCCUCAUGGAGACAACACUAGAGCAAAGGCCCAGACUCUUGUGGAUAGCCUGUCUGAGUUGAUGGUUGAUGCCUCACUGGGAACCAUUCAGUGCCUGGAGGAAAUAGUGCAGGAGUUCUUCAGUAACGAGAGUGCUCUGCAGGCGUCUGUAGUGCAGGCAUUAUGGGAAAGAUUCUCAGGGAAGAGGGAGACUUCAGCCCUGCACAGGAGAGCUGCAGUGCUGCUGCUGGGCAUGGCAGCACGUGCUGAAAGAGAGGUGGUGCUCAGUAACUUGGACACGCUCUGCUCUGUUGCACUGGGAGAGAAGGUGACUGAAGAUUACCUGUUGGCCAGAGAUGCAGUCAUAACCAUCGCCAAUAUAACUGACAGUGUCCGACAAAAUAAAGGAGCUCCAUUCCGGCUGCCUGUGGACCAUCAUCUCUUCAGCUGUCUGACCCAGGCCAUCGCUGACGGAGUCGUCUUGUCUGACCCCUACUGGCAGACAUUCAUGGAACAAGCCAUUCGCCUCAUCUAUUUCCUGGCUGAGACUCCGGACCAGCUGUGUGCUCGCCUUCUUCAAAGAUCUGCUCGACUCCUGCUGGAGCAGAUUACAGAGGGUGGGGAGCCCAACCAGUCAGAAGUGUCGGAAGGGUCUCAAGAUUCAGAGCAGCAAGUGAACUGUGCAAGUUUGGCCCACCUGCUGUCAAUGUGUGGAGCUGUGGCCUUCUGGCAGGUGUCUCACCUGGAGAGGAGUGUGAGUACGGAGCUCCGGAGGAGAAGAGGUGAGAAGGAGGAGAAAGAAGAGAAGGAAAAGGGACCUGCUGGCAAAAACAAGGAGGCCAAUGACAGCUGUGUGGAGGAGGAGCUUGGUUUGACUGGUGCAUCAGCAGAGGACACAGAGGCAGAGUUUAUCAGGAAGAUUUGUGAAACAGAGCUGUUAGCUGAUGGAAACAUGCUCAGUGUGUUUCUGCCUCUGCUGGUGAAAGUGUGCAGCUCUCCUGGAAGAUACACUCACACACAGCUCACCACUGCUGCAUGCCUUGCUCUCUCCCAGUACAUGAUGAUCAGUCCGACAGUGUGUAAGGACAAUAUUCGACUACUCUUCACCGUGUUGGAGAAAUCUCCUCUCCCAGUUGUCAGAGCAAAUGCCAUCAUUGCUCUCGGGGACCUGACUGUUCGCUUUCCCAACAUUCUGGAGCCAUGGACCCCCAACCUGUAUGGCAGACUGUGUGAUGAAAACGCUUCAGUGCGUCUGACUUCCAUCACGGUUCUGACCCAGCUGGUGCUGAAGGACGUUAUGAAGGUCAAAGGUCAGGUCAGCGAGGUUGCUGUACUCUUAUUGGACUCUGAGCCCCACAUUGCCAGCCUUGCGCUUAAUUUCUUCAACGAGCUCUCUGCAAAGGACAAUGCAAUCUACAACCUGCUGCCAGACAUUAUCAGCCGAUUGUCAGAUCCUGAGAGGGGCAUGAAAGAGGAGGAUUUCAACACCAUUAUGAAGCAGCUCUUUUCCUACAUCACUAAAGAAAGGCAGACGGAGAGUUUGGUGGAGAAGCUCUGUCAGCGUUUCAGAACGGCCAAGACGGAGCGUCAGUGGGCAGACUUGGCCGUGUCUCUGUCUCUGCUCUCCAUGUGUGAACGGGGUUUUAAGAAGCUGCAGGAAUGCUGGGACUGUUACAGUGAUAAACUCACUGAAGAUGCGGUGUACCAGCCUCUGCUCUCUAUCUUGGCCAAACUCCGCCGUAGAGCCAAGCCCCAGUUUAAGGCUCAGGUGGAGGAGUUGGAGAAGAAGAUGACUGCAGUGCACACUAAAGGUCUGGAAAAUGUUGAGAACGAGGAGAGCGAGCAGCAGCUGGAUGACCAGGCACCCAGCCAGAACUCACAGACACCACAGCCCCCCAAAAGCACUCGCAAAACACGAGGUCGUGUGAAGUCUAAGAUGGAUGAAAGUGACCUAGUGACUCCCAAACGAACUCGUGCUCGCCCCAAAAAGGUCAUGAACUUCAGCAGCGAUGAGGAGGAGGAUGAAGAUGCUGUGAUGGCAGACAAUGAAACCCCGAAAGUGACCACGCCCAUUGCACGAACCCGACGCACUCGCCUUCGCCACUAAUCUUUUAUUCUGUUUUUCUUUUUUUUAAUAGCUUUUAUCUUUGUCUUAGAUGCUUUUAAACCUUCUGAGCCGACACUUUUGGUCAUGUUUUAUUAACUAUAAAUAAAAUAUUUUACUAUUAAAUUUUUACUACCAGA